AUGGCAUUUUGGCAUCAGGCCCUUGUUGUCACCGUUUGCGAACUCGAUCAAUCGGAAGAUGAUGCGCACAGUGAUCGCCAACAAACUUCCGUACAGGCCAUAGAGGAGUCCCCUCCACUUGGCUUUGGGGCCAACAAGGACUCCGUUGCGGUCCAAAUGGAGCAUCUGGCGAUGAAACUGAAUCGCCAGGAUGAGAAAAAGGAGGAUAAAGAAUUCCUGAAUACCAAUUCCACCCAUGUAGAUGUGAAUACCUCUCAUGACUGCUUCCUGGGAUUGACCUGGCCCAGCCAUACCGCCACCGAUUAA